GCUCCAACCGCCAUCAUGUGCUGUAUCAUCUCCAUAGUCCUUCUACCUCCAGCCAAACCAAUGGACAAGAAUGUGAAAAAGAUUGCGCUGCGCAAAAGAGUCGAUUUCCUAGGGAUCGCUAUGUUUGCUAUCUCGAUCACUACCUUCCUUGUUGCCCUCAGGCUUCUAGGUGACCAUGAAGCUUCGACGAGAAUAACGAUUCUAUUCGGAGUAGUCUCCGUUGUAUUUGGUGCUUUUUUCCUUGUGGUGGAGACAUACUAUGCGAGGGAACCUGUUAUUCCCCCUGGCUUACUCAAAAGCAUGGCAGGUCCAUACGCUGUCCAGGUGCUUUUACAAAAUUUGACAAACAUUGCGCCCUAUUUCAUUCGCACCACAGGGGCCAGUAAUACACGAGCUGCAAUUUACCUUGCUCCUGUGUUCGUGGGUUUCACAACGGGCUCUGUCACUGCUGGUUAUAUCAUCAGGAAGUAUAAGACCUUAUCAAUUAUAUCUGUUCUUCUCGGCCUCACGUUUUUCAUCCUGAUUGCGGUAAGAUGGCGGACUGGGGUAAGUAGCUGGGAGUCGCUAUACGUGCUCCCAGCUUUCCUGAGCUUCGGUCUCUUACUCUCGACAACCUUUACCGGGCUGAUUGCGUGCACUCCGAAAUCCAUUCAUGCUACAGCUAUAUGCGUCUACUAUCUCUGCCAGCAGGUUGGCACCAUGCUUGGAACUGUGCUUUCCUCUCUGACUAUUGAAACAAUAUUGCGUGAGGUUCUUAAGAUACGCCUGGAAGACAUUCCUAACAAAAAGGAGGUAAGCAGCCUUCCGUCUACAUCUCUAUGA